AUGGCGUCGACGAAAUCCCCGCCUUCCCGUCACAAAAGUCGCCCUUUCCGCGACGACACCACUCUCGUGGCCCUGCGCUACGAGAAAACGAAGCCCGCCGAGCCGCCCGUUCCUCUGCCUCCGCCUCGCAGCCUGCUCCGCGUGGCGAGCGUGGCUAGCACGUCGAGGUUGAGCAGCUCGGCGUCGACGCAGAGCGCCUCGUCGUCCUUGUCCGGUCCCUCGCACAGUCCCGUCGUCGUCGCCCCGCCGCACGGCUACCUACCGGGCCUUGCGCCGCCCACGGAGCAGCAUCCCGCCCUGCGUGACCCGGCACCGGCAGCCGCGAGGGCCUUUGACGACUGGAAGCGUGACUCGGGGCACGCGCCCACGGCCACGUCGUCGGCCACGAUCCACGAGGAGGAGGAGGAGUGCGAGGACGACGAGGACCAGGCCCUGCGCGCCCGGUUAAAGACGCUGGCAGACCCCGGCCCCGCGUCUCCUGCCGUGCGACAGGCCAACGCCGUUCGUGCAUCGUGGGACAGGUCACUGGACCUCGGCGACAGGAACAAGACGGCCGUCGCUGGCCUGGGCAUCGCGUGUGCGGCCGCGUCGAGGCCAUUGGACGGCCCGUCGUCUACGUUGCGCUGGUCGUUGGCGUCCAGGCGUUCGUCGUCGUCGCUCUCGUCGUCGCACGGGCGGAAGUCGAGCGACGAGGAUUCUUCGGGACGGGCGGCGCCGAUGCACCCGCCGUCACCGAUGCGGGGCUCAGCCACCACCCCAGCCCCGGCCAAUAACAACAACAGCCACGCGGGCACAAAGUCUCCUCGGCCAACGCGCUCCAUGCCCGCGACCCCGGACACGUCGCCUUCUUCAGCGGACUGCCGCUACUCGCCGCUGGCCGUCCGCAUCCCCACCGCCAGCCUUAUUGACGAUGACUUCAUGGCCGGCUUCUCCUUUUCCAAGCGCGGCAGCAUCAUGUUUGGAGGGUCCCAGGAUCCCCUCGCCCUCGACGGCGCCCUCGACGACGACGACGACGCCCAGCAAUCGCCCGACUCGUGGGCCCCGCGCCUGUCGCCCCCGGCCCAUGUCGCGAGGCCCGUCUCCGAGGUCAGCACCGCCGAGACGGUGGCGCGCAGCCUGCUGACGACGCCCGACAUCCGCGUCCUUUCGCCCGACGUCGAGAAGGAGUCUCAAAAGGUGAGAUCGCUCUAUGAAACUGGCGAUGGCAUCAAUUGGGAAGACGGCGCCAGACACUCCUUUUGCGAGCGCUUGGAGCCCACCCCCGAGGUCCCGGCAGAGGAGGCUGCGAAUGACCCCGCGUCCGCCGCCCAUCUCGCUUCGCAUUUCGCCACUCCAAGAUCUACAAGUUUCUACUCCCAGCAUCAAGAUAGCUCGCGCCGCGAAACCGAGCUGGCCGGGGGCCUCGAGGACUGGGAGGACGUCGACGGCGCCGACGUCGACCGCUACGGCUUCAUCAGCGUGCCGCGCCCGUCGUCGAGGAUCAGCACCCCGCCCGCCGAGCUCCGGUCGGCCCAGUUGUCUCCCAGGAGGAGGAACGUGCUGCAGAAGAGGGACCCGAUGGGCUUCUCGUCGCAGCUCGGCGGCGCCCGCGUGCCCAGCAGGAAGGUGUCGGCCCGCUCGCUCAACACGCUCAACUCGGAGCUGUCGCUCGUCUCGGUGCGGUCGUCGCGCUCCCUCCUCCGCCAGGCCGGCAACCUGCUGCCCCACAACCGCAACCGGCGCUGGAUGGACGAGGCCGGCGACAUGCUGACGGUGCCCCCGAGCCUGCAGGACUCGGCCGAGGGCGCCCAGGUGGACAAGAUUUCCGAGGCCCUCAAGCGCAAGGAGUGGGAGCGCUCCGAGAAGUGGCGUAGGAUGGCCAAGCUCCUCAAGGGCGCCGACCAGGGCCAGGGCAUGGAGUUUGAGUUUGACGCGUGUAACCCCAAGCUGAUUGAGCGGACCUGGAAGGGCAUCCCCGACCGGUGGCGCGCGGCCGCCUGGUGGUCCUUUAUGGCCUCGGCCGCCGAGGAGCACGACGGCUCGGCCGCCGCUGACGACGUGGCGGCGGCCUUCCACGCCCUGCAGGAAAAGAGCUCGCCCGACGACGUGCAGAUCGACCUGGACGUGCCCCGGACCAUCAGCCGCCACAUCAUGUUCCGGCGGAGAUAUCGCGGCGGCCAGCGACUGCUGUUCCGCGUGCUCCACGCGCUGUCCAUCUACUUCCCCGACGUGGGAUACGUGCAGGGCAUGGCGUCGCUCGCGGCCACGCUGCUGUGCUACUUUGACGAGGAGAAGUGCUUCGUCAUGCUGGUGCGCAUGUGGCAGCUGCGCGGGCUCAGCCGGCUCUACCGCCCGGGCUUUGACGGGCUCAUGGCGGCGCUGCGCGAGUUCGAGACGGGUUGGCUCAACAAGGACGUGUCGGACAAGCUGUCGGAGCUCUGCAUCGACGCGACGGCGUACGGCACACGGUGGUACCUGACGCUGUUCAACCUGUCGAUCCCCUUUCCCGCCCAGCUCCGGGUCUGGGACGUGUUUCUGCUGCUCGGCGCGGGCGGCAGCGAGGGCGCGGGGCCAAGCGCAGAGGGCGCGGGGCCGGGCCUGGUGAGCGGGCUCGAGGUGCUGCACGCGACGGGGGCGGCGCUCAUCCAGGCGCUGCGGGAGGUGCUGCUGGACUCUGAUUUCGAAAACGCCAUGAAGGCGCUGACGUCGUGGAUACCCAUCAAGGACGAGGACCUGCUGAUGAAGGUGAUGAAGGCCGAGUGGAAGACGCGCCAGGGCAAGAAGAAGCCCUAG